GCCAUUCUGUACUCGAUCAGUGUACGGCUCGGUCGCGCCCUAAAUCGCAUUAUAUAUUGCAAGUGUCGUUGUAUUCAUUACGGACUCGAGUAUUUAUAGACAGUUCGUAGCAACAACGUAGCCAGGUUCUACGAGAUUCACGCGUACGCAACUGUAAACAAUAACAAAAUGUCCGCAAAAGGAGUUCAAAAUGUAGAGAGUGGAAACUCGACCACGGCAGCUGCUGCUCCCAAGCCACCCACCAGGGCCUCACGGGUGCCCAUCAUCGGGACCAACAGCAUCCUAGGUCUAGCUGACCUGACAGACAACCGGCUGAUUUGGAGGCAGCUGAUUGCUGAGCUGCUGGGAACCUUCCUCCUCACGUCCAUCGGGGUAGCAGCCUGCAUCGCGAUCACAGAGAGCAAUGCGCCACAAGUGACCAGCAUUGCAUUAUGCUUUGGUCUUCUUGUGGGCUCCAUCGUUCAGGCCAUUGGGCACGUGUCGGGUGGUCACAUAAACCCGGCCGUGACAGCCGGACUGUUUGCGGCGGGAGAAGUCAAGCUGCUGAAGGCUGUCUUCUACAUCAUUGUCCAGUCUCUGGGAGCGGUCGCCGGCGCAGCCUUCAUCAGGUUGGCUGUUCCUGAAAGUAGAGUCCUCUCAUUUGGCAUGACAUUACCCGGCGCUGGAGUCACCGAUGGGCAGGCGGUCCUGGUGGAAGCUUUGAUCACUUUCGUGUUGGUGCUGGUGGUGAUGGGAGUCUGUGACGGAGGUCGCACCGACCUCAAGGGCUCUGCACCCCUCGCCAUCGGGCUCAGCAUCACAGCCUGCCACGCCGCUUGCAUACCGUUCACUGGGUCCAGUAUGAACCCAGCACGAUCUUUUGGCCCAGCUCUCGUCAUGGGCAUCUGGACCUCACACUGGGUGUACUGGGUCGGACCUAUUGUCGGAGGCGUGGUGGCGGGCCUCGUGUACAAGUUCAUUCUGCGUGUCAACAAGAACAGUGACACCGGCUCCUAUGAUCUAUAAAGUUCAACUAGUGUUGGGAACACUGACAGUGCCUUCCAUUUAAAACUCUUGUUUACAUUUAUUUAUAAACUCAACGCUUACAUAAUAUAUACGUCUAGACAGAGCCUCUCGCUGUCGAAUACAUCAGUCACUUGAUUUUAGUGUGCGUUUGUUUGCUGAAAAUAGAGGCCAACAGUUCACCGCUAUUUUUUUCGACGUGAUCACAGCUGUCACGGUAUACCGUAAUUUAUAGAUAUAUCUAGACGUAUAAAUUAUCUAAGAUGCAAAGUCGCAUUUCUAUCAUAGAAUAACUCCGUCUACCCAAAGAAACCAAAAGCCCAGAAUUUCAACAUAUUGAUUUAUUUCGAGUUCAGAUAUUGUUCGAUUCGAAAACGAUAGUAAAACGAUAAUUUCCUGUUUGUUGAAUGUUGGUACGGAGGUCGUUUGUAAGAUAUAUUUAAUUAAGCGUAAGAUAGGGGAUAUUACCAAGUAUUAAGAUUAUUUAUAUCGUGUGAUUAAUUUAUAUUUUAGUUAAUAUUUACAUAAUCAGAAUUAUCCGAAUCAGUUCAGAUUGUAUAUAAUGAGAGAUGAUAGUUAUUUCAUAAUAAUAUAUACAUUAUAUUUUAAGAAAUUAUUAUUAAAUAUAUUAUUCAAUGGUUA